CAGCCCAUUCCGGCAUUCUCGGCGUUCUUUCCUCUUCGCAAUGUUGGUUCGCGUCUACUACACCACGAGAUGACAACCAUGAUCUCGGCGGCGGCGGCGGCGACGGCAGCGGCCUGCUAGGCUACUGACCUAUCCUGCUAUCCAGGGAAUUCGCUGCGCAACGCAGACGCCGGAGGUCCUCUUGCAUCAAGCCGCUGUGAGAUGGACAUCUUUUAUCAGUGCAAAGAGAUCCUGAAGAUCCAGAAGUUUCGACGUAUAGCGUCUUACGCUGGAUUUUACUGCUUCAGUACCCUCGUUACCUAUGCCUACACGAGCAACACGACAAGAGCUGGGAUUUCUAGAGCUGACCAGUAUUAUGCUUCCUACCCUGCUGGCACUGAGUUACUUACUGAUACUGCAAAGCUUUACAAGGCAGCAUUAGGUAAUUGUUUCGAAAUAGAUGACUGGGGCCCAAUAGAAUUCUCGAUCAUGACAAAGCAUUUUGACCGGCAAGGCAAACCACCAUAUGCCUACCAUUCUCAAUACAUGGCGCACCUCCUCUCACAUGGGCAGCUCGAUGGAAGUGGUUGAACUCAUGAUGCUUUUAGUUGAAAUUUGUGAGGCUCAACUAUAGUACUGUAAUGCCGGCACCAUCAGUAAAUUGAGGUUUCAUUGGAUCUUAAAAGAAACAGAGAAGAUCAUGUUGAAUUAAUAAUGCCCAAUUCAACCAUUGAUGUUGCCCUUUCUGCCGUUGGAUAAUGCCUCUUUGGUUCUCGAUCAAUGCAUAUUACAUUAGUUCG